AUGGCUCAGCAAAGUGGCCAGGCAAAUUGCUCUCAUGUGAUUGAUGACAGUCAUGUCCCAGAGUUCGAGAUUGCGCUGUGGAUCAAGAUCACUCUUGCCUUCACCUACAUCUUUAUCUUUGUCGCGGGGAUCCUGGGCAACAGUAUCACCAUCCAGACCACCAAAGUGCUGCAGAGGAAGGGCUAUCUGCUGAAAGAGGUCACUGACCAUAUGGUGAGCUUGGCCUGUUCCGACUUGCUGGUCAUCCUGCUGGGGAUGCCUGUGGAGUUCUUCAGCAUUAUCUGGAGUCCCUUCUCCACCCCAAACGGCAAUGUGGCCUGCAAGCUGUACUGCUUCCUCUUUGAGGCCUGCAGCUAUGCCACCAUACUGCACGUGGCCACCCUCAGCUUCGAGAGGUACGUUGCCAUCUGCCACCCUUUCAAGUUCAAGGCUGCCUCUGGACCCCAUAAGGCCAAGAUACUCAUUGCCUUUGUCUGGGUCAUCUCCAUCCUGGUGGCCCUGCCCCUUCUCUUUGCAAUGGGCACUGAAUACCCCCUAGAAGUUGUCCAGGGUCACCGAAGGGUGACUGCCUGUAAUACGCCUACCUCCAGAGACAACUGGCCUAACCUGAUGAGGAAUGUCACUAUAUGUACAAAUCUUUCUUCCAAGUGGACUGUCUUCCAGUCCAGCAUCUUCAGCGCCUUCAUUGUGUACAUUGUGGUGCUGAUAUCGGUGGCCUUCAUGUGCCGCAGCAUGAUGAAAACUCUGAUGAUCCUCAAGGAUGGGACUGUGAUGGUUCAGGGGGUACAAAGUCACCAGGAGCAGUAUCUAAGGAAAAAUGAAAGCAUCGAGGGCAAGAACUCCAGGAAACAGACCAUCCUCUUCCUAGGACUGAUUGUUGCCACUCUGGCAAUAUGUUGGAUGCCAAAUCAGAUUCGAAGGAUCAUGGCUGCUGCUAAACCUAAGCAGGACUGGACUGUGCCCUACUUCAGAGCAUAUAUCACCCUUCUUCCCAUUGCAGACACCUUCUUUUACUUCAGUUCUGUGGUAAACCCACUUCUGUACAACAUCUCUUCUCAGCAGUUCCGAACCGUAUUUCUACAGGUCCUCCGUUGCCAUCUGACGAUAGAACAUGCCAACAAACAGAAGCUUCUGAGAGCCAAUUUAAAUUCUCGAACCAGCAGUAGCCGUUUUAUGCGUCCAUUGAUCUUCAUUUCAACUAAGCGCAAUUCUUCUAGAAAGAGCCCUGUUUUCUUAAGUACUUUUCAGAAUGAGACCAAACCUGACUGCAGUCCACAGAAAUUGAAUCUUGAAUCACCGGAGAGCAACUUGGAAAUAAUGCCACUAGAGACUAAUUUAGAGUCCAGUCCAGCUGCACAGAAUGGCCUUCAUGAACACGAAAUGUGA